AACGUUUUGAGACACACAGUGAGCGCAACAUGGCUGCGGCAUGAACUUCUCUUGCUAAUCUGUUUUUGAAUGCGUUUUUGCUCUUUAUUUAGUCAAUUUAUUUACGGCUGUAAAAUCUGUAUUUGAUCUACAUGCCUGGGUUGUUUGUGUAAUUUAUUAGUUUAUUUUGGAGCUAAUGUGCAAGUAGACGUAAAGAUUAUGUACUCAUGAAGUUUAUUAUUUAUCAGAUCAGUUGCAUCAUUUAAGAAACAUAUUCAUUUCUGAUCGCUUUAAGCCUCGAAAGAUGCCUGAGAUUAAAGUCACACCGUUAGGUGCUGGUCAGGAUGUCGGGCGCAGCUGCAUUCUGGUCUCUAUCGGAGGGAAAAACAUCAUGCUUGACUGUGGGAUGCACAUGGGCUACAAUGAUGAUAGACGUUUUCCGGAUUUCAGUUACAUUACCCAAAAUGGUCGACUCACCGAGUUCUUAGACUGCGUCAUCAUAAGUCAUUUCCAUCUGGAUCACUGCGGUGCUCUGCCAUACAUGAGUGAGAUGGUGGGUUACGACGGGCCCAUUUACAUGACCCACCCUACCAAAGCCAUCUGCCCCAUCCUGCUGGAGGACUUCAGAAAGAUAACGGUGGACAAAAAGGGGGAGACAAACUUUUUCACCGCACAGAUGAUCAAAGACUGCAUGAAGAAGGUUGUUCCUCUGAACCUCCAUCAAACGGUUCAGGUGGAUGAAGAGCUUGAGAUCAAAGCUUACUAUGCCGGUCACGUACUGGGAGCGGCCAUGGUCCAAAUCAAAGUUGGCUUAGAAUCUGUCGUCUACACAGGGGAUUACAACAUGACACCAGACCGACAUUUGGGAGCUGCUUGGAUUGAUAAAUGUCGACCAGAUAUUUUGAUAUCCGAGUCCACAUAUGCCACCACGAUCAGAGACUCGAAACGCUGCAGGGAGAGAGAUUUCUUAAAGAAAGUUCAUGAGACAGUGGAAAGAGGAGGGAAGGUCUUGAUUCCUGUGUUUGCUCUGGGAAGAGCUCAAGAACUCUGCAUCCUGUUGGAAACGUUCUGGGAGAGAAUGAAUCUGAAAGCCCCCAUAUAUUUCUCCACGGGUCUGACUGAGAAAGCCAACAACUACUACAAGCUUUUCAUCACCUGGACCAAUCAGAAGAUUCGCAAGACCUUUGUACAGCGAAACAUGUUUGAGUUCAAGCACAUCAAAGCUUUUGAUCGGUCCUAUGCAGAUAACCCUGGACCAAUGGUUGUGUUUGCCACUCCUGGAAUGUUGCAUGCUGGGCAGUCCUUACAUAUAUUUAAGAAAUGGGCUGGCAAUGAAAAGAACAUGGUCAUCAUGCCAGGUUAUUGUGUGCAAGGUACUGUGGGACACAAAAUCCUGAAUGGGCAGAAGAAACUGGAGAUGGAGGGAAGAUCAACGCUGGAUGUGAAGCUGCAGGUGGAAUAUAUGUCAUUCAGCGCUCACGCAGACGCUAAAGGCAUCAUGCAGCUAAUCCGCAUGGCCGAGCCGCGUAACAUGUUGCUGGUGCACGGAGAGGCCAAGAAAAUGGAGUUCCUCAAGGACAAGAUCGAACAGGAAUUCAAUAUCAGUUGCUUUAUGCCAGCCAAUGGAGAGACGACGACCGUUGUGACAAACCCCAACUUACCAGUGGACAUAUCGCUCAACCUGCUCAAGAGAGAAAUGGCUCUUGGAGGUCCAUUGCCGGAUUCUAAAAGGCCUCGCACCAUGCACGGCACAUUAAUUAUGAAAGACAAUAGUCUGCGGCUGGUUUCUCCAGAACAGGCUCUCAAAGAGCUCGGCCUCAGUGAACAUCAACUGCGCUUUACCUGCCGCGUCCAACUGCACGACUCCCACAGCGACAGCGACACGCUCGUGCGCAUUUACACAUAUCUCAAGAGUGCAUUGAAAAAUUAUGGCGUCCAGCACCUGCCUGACGGUACUGUUAUAGUGGAGUCCAUUGUUAUUAAAGUGACCUCAUCGCCUGAGGAGCCAAACCUCAAAGUCAUCCUGCUCUCCUGGAGUUAUCAGGAUGAAGAAUUGGGCAGUUUUUUGUCAACACUGUUGAAGAAGGGUUUGCCUUCAUGACUUUAAUAAAUAUGCACUGCUGUUUGACCAUUGUUUAAAAAAAUAUUAAAGAGUUUUUUUAGGAAAAAGGAA